AUGUUUCGACCUGUAUUCCUUUUUAAAAUAUUGGUUCUAUCACUUAUUGUUAAUUUUGUACUUGUUGUAUAUUUCUUAUUACAAAGUUCGCGUCAUAAUUUUCGUCUUGCUAAUAGAAAUGACUAUUAUGAAAUUAAUGAUUAUUAUUCUUUUUAUGAAAAUAAUCCCAUAUCAACAAAUAUUAAAGUUAUACCUAUGCCAAUGUUUGUUACUAUAGAACAGUCAACAUUAUUAUUAUCAAAUAAUUUUCAUAUUGUAUCAAAUCGAAAACUUUCGAAAGAUCUUCGAUUAGCUGUUCGUCGUUAUUCAAAAUAUAUUUCAUUAUUAACAGGAAUAUCAGUAGACAGUAAGCAAGAUGCUUCUCCUGCAAAUAAUAAACUUAUUAUUGAUUACUCAACAAGUCUUUCAAAAGAAGAUAAAUAUCCAACACUCGGUGAAGAUGAAUCUUAUAGACUUAAUAUAACAAAAACAGGUUCAUAUUUAUAUGCAUCAUCAUCAACAGGUAUUAUUCGAGGUUUAUCAACAUUUGUUCAAUUAAUUGAACGAAAUACAUCAUCAGAUACAUUUUAUAUUCCAUUAGUAAAUAUAAUUGAUCGGCCUCGAUUUAUGUGGCGAGGUUUAUUACUAGAUGUAUCUCGUCACUGGAUGCCUGUAACAGUAAUUGAACGAACAUUAAAUGCAAUGGAAUUAAGUAAACUUAAUGUUCUUCAUUUACAUUUAUCCGAUGAUCAGGGCUUUCGUGUUGAAAGUAUUGAAUAUAAUUUGUUACAUGAUAGAAAAGAUUUUUUUACACAAAAAGAUAUUCAACAUCUUGUUGAAUAUGCUCGACAACGACGUAUACGUAUCAUACCUGAAUUUGAUAUUCCUGGUCAUACAACAAGGUAA